CUUCCUGUUUCCGUGUGGGUCAUUUGUAUUUCCCUCCUUACUAUUGUGUUGUGUGUGUGUGUUCGUAGCUUGCUAGUCGACUAGCACUGCUCUCCUAAUUUCCACGUCGAGUUAGUGAAUCGUUUCGUUUAUGGCUUACAAACUGCAUUUCUUUUUUUGCUUUGGUAUAAAAGUAUACAACUGAGGUUUAAAAGCAUGUGGCCAAUUAUUCAGAAGCAGCGCCAUGCCAUGAUCAUUUCCUCCUACCUGGUGUGAGAGGUGAAAACAGCUCAAUGAGGUGUGUAGUAAAUGGACUGACAUGGAAAGUUUGUUUGUCAAGCUUGUGAGAAAUAACAGAAAGAAGAAAACGGAGACAUUAAGGCACAGAGACGUGUAGUUGAUUGACAGACAGAAAUCAUGUCUAUUGAAUACACCAUUGAUAUCCAGCUAACUGAGCUGGGAUUUCCAACGACCACUCUAGAUCCGCUGAACAGCUCGGACAGAGAAACACCUUGUCGCUCCACAUCACCUGAUGACACAUCCUCACCCAGCCACCCUCCCACUACUACAUGCUCAACCUCAUACAAACAAAAGCUCCUGGUCACUGGCCAUGAGUGUGAUGAUGGGAAAGAAGCAGGUGGAGUCAACCAGGAUGAAAGCUUUGAACAAAGAGCAGUGAAUUCCACAUCCCCCCUGUUAAUACCUGCUCAGAGUCUUCAAGCUGAACCAGACGUAAUACCUCUUGAGCUGCCUGUGCCCGCAUUAAACCACUUGACUUCUAGACCAGAACUGCUGCAACAGGCCAAAAAAAAAGAUGGGAGUAAAAAGAGGGGUUCAACAGAAGAGAAACAGGAUGACUCUGAUGACAGCGAUGUUUCAGUAGUUUAUGAGGAUGAAGCGCUUGAUGAGGAGGAUGAGGAUGAAGAAGAACUUAACCCUGACUCGAGUAAGUUAGGGGACUACAGCUGCAGUGUUUGCGGUCUACACCUUCCCUGCAAACUCAUGCUCCAAGACCACAUGAACCUGCACACUGGAGACCACCCGUACUACUGUACCGAAUGUGGAAAGCGCUUCCGCCGGACCAUCAACUACCGCAACCAUCUGCGCAAGCACGCUCAGACUGAAAGGGAGCGCUUCAAGUGUCGUGUUUGUCGUAAGGACUUCACAUACCACGAGGAUUUGAAAUACCAUUUGGCUAUUUCUCACUGGGAGGAUAAAUAUUACGAAUGUGAUCACUGCAAACGUGUGUUUACCUCCCUGGAGGCGUGUCAAUAUCACGUGACUAAUCAUCAAUGUCUGCAGAAGGAAAUCUGUGAAAGGUGUGGGGGCUCUUUCCCCUCUUCUAAACACCUUGCGCGACACAAGAGGGACGACUGCCAUAACGUUUUUAGAUGCACAGAGUGCAAAAAAAUCUUUAUCAAAAAGAAUUCUCUGCUGAAGCACAGCUUCACCCACCUUGGUGUGUCGGCUUACACCUGCGUGCGAUGCCACUGCCACUUCCGCCUGCCAAAGCUUUACCUUCUGCACAAAUGUGAACCUAAACGCAUUCACUGCGUGGCGUGUCUGAGAGAGUUCUUCAGUCAGAAAGACUUCCAGCAGCACAAAAAGGACACUGGCUGCUGGGGCAAUCAGGGGCCCAAAGGGGAUGAGAUCAGAUGUUUGGAGUGUGGACAGAUGUUUGACACUUUGGAUGAGCUGAAGAAACACGCUGGGGCUCACCAGAGGGUGCUGAAGUGUGCUGAAUGCGGGAAGGGAUUCAGGUCGGCCUUGCUCCUAAUGUCCCACAUGGGGGGUCAUGCCGGAAAGUCACCAUGCCUUUGUCAAAGCUGUGGGCUCGGCUUUCCCCAUCAGCAGAACUACAACGGUCACCUGAAAACCUGUGGACAAACACCUCAGCCUAAGAGUUCUGCCAAGAAAUCUCAUGCGUCGAAGAGGACUCCAUCCGGGACAACAUCGCUCAACACAAAGCCAGAGUUCAAAGCAAAACAAGUCAGAGCAAAUAAAAAACUCUGCAAAACUUCUGCUGUUCCAAAAAACAUUAACCCAGCAGAGGUGACUCAUAAUUCUGCACCUGUGACAGAGGAUAUGUCUGCCAGUGUUAAUCCAUCAUCUGGAUUAUGGAAGAUAACUCUUGACAGACCUCUGCCUCCAGCUAGUGAUCUUGUCUUCUUUCUUCCUGUUUGUGCAACACAAACAGAUGGCCUAGCUCUUCCUUCUGUGGUAAGUCAGACUCCCGCAGCUCCAGCUAUGCAGGUCCAGUCUCAAGUACCUUUCCCGCUUGUUUCACAUGAACACCUCGGAGUGAGUGCUGCCCUCGGACCGCCUCUGGAUGCUCCCCUGGAUAUGGUAACUGGGAUUAAACAGGAUCCAAUUUGUGACUUACCCUUUGAUUUGUCCAUGAAGUCAUCGAAGUCUGCUUGGGAUGCCGCUCCUCUCCUUCCUGUUAAAAGUGAGCCUGUUAAAAGUGAGCCAGAGGAGCUUAAAAUCCCAAUAGAUGCUUAUAACUCUACAGGACAAGAACUGAAACACAGCAAUGUAGAUCCAUACCAUGAAGUGAAGUGCUUCAAAACUGACCCGAUGGAUCUGUCUAUAUCCUCUGGACUGGUCAAGGACAUUAAGAAGGAGGCCAGCUGAGGGACCCUCUAUGAAGCAUGUGGCAUAACCAGGUUGUCUUAUGUCAGCCUUCUCAACAAAACAUAACACCUUAUUCCAAAACAACGGGUUUAACAACAUGGUAAUCAAUUUUCUUUGUUUGCCUAAGUUCUCUGUACAAGGCUUCUUGGUCUCAUUCCACUUUUGACUCAUCUUCCCCACAAACAUGAGUGAUUGUGGGCUGCUUCUCUACUCAGGUAAUAAUAAGAAACAGCAAUAGGGGUUAGAAAGACAUGAGGGCAAACAGUAGCCCUGUUUCUGAGAUUACAUUAUGUAAAUCAAUCACUAACUAUAUUUAUGUUUCCAACACACAUGACCAUUAAGAGCUCUUUUUUGUUUUCUGCAUUGUACAAGAUAGGUGGUUAUGACCAAGGGGACUGCUGUGAGGUACUGGAGGCCAAGAUGCAUGAGUGUGGUGCAGACACGGCCAAGUGGAGGUACACUGGGACCAGGGUUUUAUUUUUAGUUACUAAUUCAUCCGUACGAAUCCAUCUAAAUCGUUAUUCUGAUUCCAAUACUAUUUUGACUGAUGCAUUGCAAUGUUUCAUUUUUCUGAGAUAAUGCUGUCUACUGAAUGUAAGGUUGCUUUGACAGAAAGAGAAGGCAACAGGAUGUAUUCAGUUUUGUGUUGCUUUUUUUCUGCCCUGUUCCAAGGUGUUUCUAUCAAACAGAGGAAAAUGUUAACAUUUCCUGGGCUGAGAUUUUAUACUGACUAAAGAGAUUACCAUAAGGGACUUAAGUAAAAUGGCUGCACUGCAAUUAAAAGUAUCCGAUGAAGCUGCUUAAAUAAGUCAAAUCUUGAGAACUAGUUCAAAAGAAAAAAAAUGGACUAGAUCAGAUAAUCCAAUCUCUAGUUUGUGUUGUGCAGAACUUUUAUGUAGGGCUGAUAUAACUUUGUUCCAAAAAAUCUGCAUCAAACAGAGUAUUUAAUUUAGAGCAAUUAUUAGGAACUCUUAGUGUGUGGAUUUUGGUGCCCCUGUAAACAAAGUGUAUAUAGUGUGAAGUUCCUUAACUUCCUAAUUAUCUGGAUUGCUUAUCUCGCUGUCGGCCUUUAUCUGGACCAGUUUGAAAAUGGGACAAACGUAUGAUGGAUUAUCCUGGAUAAUUCUAAUAUAUAUAUAACUUUUUGAUUACUGUGCUCUGAACAUAGCCUCAUAGCGUUCUCCUUCAUGCUGAUGGUUGGGUGUGAAGGAUUAGUUACCAUGGCUUUGUAAAAGAGAUCCACCUUCAUGAUAAAAUGUGGCCUUAGGCUCAUUCACCCAUCUAACCCAUGAAUCUUGCUGUGCAAUUCACCCCUCUGAUCAUGGUUUUUGAUUCAUGGUGGCUGUCAGAGCGAGAUUGAUUAUGGAAGUUGAUGUUUCUAGCCAUGCUUACACUGGUGUAAAAUAAAUGAGCAUGACAUUUCCAACGAGGUCAAAAAAUAAUCUGGAUAAAAGUCCAUAAAUUGCAUUUCCUACUUCAGGAUGUCAAGAUCCUUCAAAGACACACUUAAUGUUGUCUGCACCUGUAGCAUGGGGCUUUUGUUUGACAGCCAUAACAAUAGACUCUUUACUGUUGUAUCUGGCUCUGUCCCACCACCGCUAAACCCUGAUAUGAUGAAGCAGGUUAUUGAGUUUUUUUCCUACUUGAAAUACUGAAUAGACUAACCUGUUAACUGUGUGACUUAUUAUAAAGAGUAAGAUAAGUAAAUAAAAACAUUCCAGCUCUGGUUUAUGAUUGGGUUUGUUGGGUUUGUAUUUUAGGUGAUGCUUCUGGCGAUCAAAAUCUUGGUCAAAAAGCCAUGCAAUAUUGUACAGAAUCUCUCACAGCAUUAAACAUAUUCUGUGUUCUCUGGGUUAAUUUACAUGUAUUUAAGUUAAAGGAAUCACUGGAUUUUUAGGUAGACUGCUGUAGACAGGAAAAGUGAGUCCUUGUUUAGUUGCGAAUAAUAAUGGUGAUCAAUAUUUUGCAAUUCUAUCACCUGUUGAUUUUGUGAGUCUGUUGAUGUUUUUUUAUUUUUCUACGGGUGAAUAAACAUUUGCACUCGAUGCUACAUCAUGAUAA